AGUUGUGACAAAUAUUUUUCAUUUAAUGGAACGUGUAUAAUACAAAAUCAAAAAAUGGCAUACAUUAUUCUUAUCAAAUUUGGGUUAAAACGUUCAAACCGGCGUUUACACAACGCAUAGUGUGGCGACGCGCCGCCUGUACGUCCGGCAGCAAACUAAAAUGUGCUGCAUCCUCAUUGGUCGAAACGGCCAACCGAUGAGAGCGUAGUGUCCCUGGGCACAAACGAUUAGAGCUCGGAACGUAACAAGAAACAACCAGCUCUCCAGCAAUUCCACGUGCAGAAUCAGUCCACUUUGCCAGCUCAUCCUCGCGCCAUGCCCUACCAGUCAGAAGAACUUUUCGAUCGUUACUCACCAGCCCAUAUGCAGAACGUGUCGCAGAUUCUGGAUAGGUGCACCACCUUCUCAAAACUUCCAUCAAGUACCAGUCGAGCCUUCGUACAUCGAGAAGACCGCCAUUACAACCGCUUUUUCGAACUAUUCGAGUUCCAGAUGAUGACGAUUAGUCUCAGGAAUUUCCAACGCCUAAUCGAUCAGGUUCUCAAGGAUCUACCUUAUACGUUCGCGUACCUCGGCGAUGUCUUACUCGCAUCACCAAACCAGCCAUCAGACAGAAGACUCGCAUCCGCGCUCAGUCGGACGAGAGCGCUCGCCGCGUGCACUUCGGCUACUAUUUUGCACAUAAUAUUUUUAAAUAUAUUCCAUAAAAUGCAAUAGAACUUUAUUUAGCGUCGCCCGCUAAAUUCCCCCCAAACGCAUUUUUAGAAACAAAAUCUCAGAAAAGACCUUUCCCAUGUAUUAUACCCUGAGAGGAUGUUUUGCCAAGUAAAAAGUGAAUGGAUCGAAGUGUCAGAGUUUCAAUAAGCCGGAUCUGGUGGUGCCCAAUAAACUACUGGAGUUGUUUUCCCCUCCGACCCGCUGGCCCAUCUGUGGUGCUAUUUUGUCCCUCAUAUUGGAAUUGUAACUUCGAGUCAAGACCAUGUAAUCAAAAAACAAAACCAUAAAUUGAUUUACACCCAAAAUAAAAACGAUUUCCAACAAUAAAAGUUACGGCAUUUUCACGCACACAAUUGAACAUUGAAGUUAAAUUAUGUCAAUUUCAUUGAAAAUUAUUUUAAAAAACAAAAUGUGGUAUACAGAACACGAAUAAAUGAUAACAAAAGGCAAAGAUUACUACCAGCAUUAAAAAUACAUCAUACUUCCUUCACGACCGCUGAAACCAAGAUGGCUCUCGUCUAGAGGCGCCGCAGAUAGCCUUUGUAAAAAUCAAAAAUGUGUGCAUGGUCAUGGGCUAUAUAGGCCGGGUGGAACUAUGAAAGUGAUCGAGACCAGUUAUAUUUCUGGAGAACGGAGUGCUGGAAGAGAGUGCCUAGCGUAUCUGUUGGGAUCAAAAUAUUAAGUGCGAAUAUUUCGGGAGCAAAGCGCUACAUAUACCAAUAUCAUUUUAAAUGAAAUAAAGAAGUAAUUGUGUGCACAUGCGCAGAUCCAAUUUUAAAAUUUAAAAAGUAAUCCUCCUGGAGGAUUUUUGAAUCUCAUGAGUCGUAGUUUUGGGCCCUUUAGAACCAAUUAAUUCUCCAAAAUCAUUUCGAGAUUUUCAAGGAAUCUCGGGAUCUUCAAGUACCUCGAUACCUAACAUCGUAUUUUCUUUCUAAUGCGCUUUGAAAGGAAAACUGUUUCUACUAGAUUUUCACUAUUGAAAAAUGAAAAAUAAAAUUUUGCAAUCAAUCAACUUAUGAGAUUGGGAUUAAGAGUAUCAAAAUGCAUAAGCCCCUGGGUCCUGUAUCGAGGAUAACGGAUCAGGAUAUGUAUAAUAAUAUGUUAUUGGCGACGACAAACCGAGCUUACAUAAAGGGUGCACGGAAAGACAGAUAGACGGACAGACGAGAGGACGCCCACCGCCGUGGGUUGUGCUAAAACAGAGGUGUAAAGCUCAAGCGCCUUGCGCACGUCUUCUUGGAUUUGUUGGAGGGAAGCCCCAAUUAUAAACAUCUUAUGUUUAAUGCGCGGUAAAAAUAUAAACGUUAACUUGAUGGCGGCCGUGAUUAUGUAAAAACAAAAAGGUAUGCAUAAUGUGAUAAGCCUUCAAAGUGGUCAACGCUUCAACAGUUUCGCUUAUUAUUUUAUUGGCAUUAUUCUGCGUGAAUGCAAUGGCUUUUAGUAUAGAGGCAAUAACUUCGUUUCAUUUUAAUCAUUUAAAAUUAGUCCUUUGUCGUCAACCCAAUUUGUCAAUGAUGAACCUUUAUAUCGAGCAACUUAAAGAGCAACGUAUUCGUACGAUAGUUAAGGUUUGCGAGACCGAUUACUGCAUUUCGGAUUUUGAAGACAAUGGCAUAGAAGUUCGCGAACUUGUGUAUAAAAAUGGAUCGUUUCCUUCCAACGGGGUGAUUGAAAUUUGGAUUAACUUUGUGAAAGCCCAUUUUGAAAAAUUUCCAAAUUCCGCGAUUGGAAUACAUUGCGUUGACGGACUUGGAAGAUCGGCAGUACUGGUCGCUUUGGCGCUUAUUGAGGGGGGUUUGGAUCCAGUGCGGGCCAUCGAGUUCAUCAAAAGUAAACGCAGAGGAGCAUUCAAUAAGUACCAGGAAAAAGAGUUGCAGAUCUACAAAUCAUACAACAGACUUGUUAUACAUGACUAUUAAUAUCUGCGAAACUUUAUUUUUCUUGAGGCUUUACCUAGAUAGGUACUCAU